GGAGGGGGCUGGGUUCUGCCCAGCUCGUCAACAGGCGUCGCGUCACGGCGCUGCGGCCCCCGGGAGGGCGGAGAGAGCGACCGAGAGAGAAAGAAGGGGCAGCAGCAGCAGGCACUAUCUCAGACACAAAGGGAGCUGCCCACCGUGUCUCUGGCAGCUGCUGUAAUCUGGGAGUCGGGACCCAUAUGGCUACGUUCGCUUCUUCCGACUAUUUCGCGGCUGAGUGCCUGGUGUCCAUCUCCAAUGGCGCAGUGGUGCACUCGCCGUACCGCGUGGCCAGCCCGGCCCCUGAAGCGGACGCCUCGACAGAAGAUCGAGAGGUUCGGGAGACUUUGCGGGAAGGGAGGAACGGCAUGAUGAGAGUGGCCGGCAUACUGAGUGAUCUACACAACAAGUUUCGCCCCAUGUCCACUUUCUCGGAGAGCAGUAACUCCUCCGUCGGAGACCCCGAGAGCUCGUCGUGCGGGGAGAGCGGAUACACCACGCUGUCCGACACGCCGACCCCCACCCCCAGUGGGGGGAGCUCACCCGCCAGGAGACACCGUUGCACUUUCGCCGGCUGUGACAAGGUGUACGGGAAAUCGUCGCACCUGAAAGCGCACAUCAGGACACACACCGGAGAGCGCCCUUUUCCCUGCACAUGGCCCGGCUGUGCCAAGAAGUUUGCACGCUCCGAUGAGCUCGCUCGUCACACCAGGACUCACACAGGCGAGAAGAAGUUUGCUUGUCCCCUGUGCGAGAAGCGCUUCAUGAGAAGCGACCAUCUGUUGAAGCAUGCCCGCCGCCAUCCCGAUUUCCACCCCAGCCUGCUUUCCAGGUCCGGCUGUCGAAGUCGGUCACCCUGCAGUCCCUUGGCUAGCCCUGCCAACUUUCUGUAAGAAGAGGGUUUUUGGGGUGUUAGAAAUGCUCUCAGGAAAAGCUCUUGCAGCAAAACCAACACACCACCUCGCUCUAGAAGAAACAAAAAAUAUAUAUAUUAUUAUUCUGUAUGUUCACUCACUCUUUGCGUGUGAACUUUUGUAGCACAUGUUCAUUUUGGGGAAGAACAUGGGAGCCUGUGAUGUAGCAGGGUGUGGACAAAAAAAAAAAAACAAAACAAAAAUCCUUGGAGGUGACCACUGUCUUUGAGUUGAUGUGUGGCCCCUGCGGUUCUUUUUAAAGCCAUACAUCACUGAAAGUCCUUAAUUUGAUUGCUUGGUAGGGGUUGUUAGGGGUUUCCGUUCACAUUAACACGGGUGUGCCAGUCGUCUCACUGGAGCACCGGCUGAGAUGUCAUCAGAUGUCCACAAAUCCAAGGACUUGAAGUCCUCUUCAACCCCAUUGCCGUUUAGGGUAGAGUCGUUAUUUUGGUGUUUUUUUGUUUUUUUUUGCUCUUGCUGUUAAAUAGUUGAGCUUUUUAAUGCUACUCCUUAUAUUAGGGUGAAUUUUAAAAUAAAAUGUAUAUAUAUAUAUAUAUAUAUAUGCAUAUCUUUCUAUUUUGAGAACAUACCAUAUGCAGAUACAUGAGGUAUGGAUUUCACUUGAGAAUAGAUAGCACAAGGCUGCUUUUCAAAGAUUAAUCCACUGCCUUAUAUAUCAUUUUUGGGGGCCAGUUUCUUCCUGUUGAAAGAAAUUAAAUGUGUUUUCAGAUGUUGAAUUUUUCUUUUCAACUUCUAUACUUUGAUGGCUUACAAGUGUACAUCCAACCCUGAAGGGGACAAAGUGCAGCCAUCUUCCUUUAUUUGGGUCAGAAGUACACUACGCUGGAUUUUCUGCACAAAGUCCUGCCAGCUCUCACGUCUACGUAUAAGCUGAGAGGCAGGCGGCGUGAUGGCCAUCCUUCUUCUAAAACGCCACACGUAGAAAGUCCAGUCUGCUUUUCCAAGCCUGCGUAGAUCAAACCCUUCCUCUUUUCUGCCCCAUAGAUAGACUUUGCACAAUAAAAAAACAAAUCCUGUCUCCUCUGUGCAUUGUGUGCCCCUGUAAAUGUGGACAGUAAGAGCGUUUAGCAACUCUGUUCUUGGUGGGGGUAGUGGGCACAGGGGCCGAGGUGUGAAGUGUGUGCACGUUGAUGCCAGGGAGCAUUUGAGAAUGGGCAGAUUCUUAUUUUGGGUGUCCUACUUCGAUUUUUAUGGUUGUGUUUUAUUUUUUUCUUUCUAAAGAAUGCCGUGUUACUCUUCAGGUGGCUGAAGCUUCUAGGUUGUGUUUUUAAGUGUGUCUGCUUUUGUUUUUGCUUGUUUUAAAAAUAGCAAUAGUUGUAAGAAGGUAAAGGCACCUGGUUCUAUCCCAGUAAAGCAGUGCUUGAUGGGAACCCAAUUUGAAGUCAUUCAGUAUUUCUGUCACUCAAGUCUGAUGCAUUUUUAUUGGUUUGAAACAUCCAUACCACACGAGAGAAAUCCAAUAAACGUUAGCAUUGUUAGUUGUAGUCUGAUUGAUCCUUCAUAAGGUAAAUUGGUUAUAAAUGAUCAUGUUACGAGAUGGUGAAGAUCCCGAUCCUCCUCUGGAAUGGUCACCAUGUGACUGGGAAAGUCUCUCUUUAACUGGAUGUCGAAGCAAACUGCUGGCAGUUGCCCCAGGGACUGAAACCUAAUCUUUCCACCGGCCGCUCUGUAGCCGCACACGUUUUGAUGCUUUGCUUGCUUUUUCGACUCAAAAGAUAACAAAGUUGUCCCUCUGCUCACCCGCGCCAUUCCCAACAGAGCUGGCCAAGAGCUCCACUGUAGGGUGAAGGGGGUCUCUUGGUUGCUACACCUGACACCCCCAGACCGUGUGGGUGUGAGAGGGGCUUAUUGUUGCUGCUGGUUAGUUAAUCUUCUUUGCUUGGGAGGGGAUAGUUUUUAAAAAAAAAUUCCAAACAGGUGCUUGUUUUUGAAUUUAAAAACUUGUUUUGUAAUACUUUUUGGGCUAGUAUUUUGUAAUGUUUUGCUUAUUUAAUUUGUUUUCUUGCAUAAUUUAUACAUUGAAAACUCAUGUUUCAAGUUGUACUUUUUCCUUUGCUCCUGUGUAAGAUUAUUUAUUAAGAAAUCGGACAAGGCAUUUUUUUUUUCUUCCUUUUUUCAUCUGGAUUGGAGGUCUGUUGUAUGAUAUUACAGUUUUGCCUUAUCAAAUAAAAUAAAUGCAUUAUGUAACUAAAAGCUGUAAACUUUUCACUGUGGCAGAUUUUAAUAAAAGCAAGUUAAUUUUUGUGA